UGUCCCGGAUGAUGCUCGCACCGGAAGAGAAGGGGCAGCUCUUCUCAGCCAUCUUGUGGCAGCAUCCGAGCGAUUCGGUCGCAUCAAGCCUCGUAGAAUCGGAGGUGAAUCCCGUCGAAGGGGCGCCAUCAUGCCCGGACACUUGCAAGAAGGCUUCGGCUGCGUCGUGACCAACAGGUUCGACCAGCUAUUGGACGACGAGUCCGACCCGUUCGAGAUCCUGAAAGCCGCCGAAAACAAGAAGAAGGAGGGGGCCGCCGCUGGGUCCGCGAAGACCGCGGCGCAAGCCGCCAAGCAGCCGAAGAAGGAGUCCCAGAAGGACAGGAAAACCCCGCUGCUGGACAAAAAGGAGGAGUCUCUGGCUCCGGUGCCCCUGAAGAAGGAAGGAAUCAGGCGGGUGGGCAGAAGGCCGGAGCAGCAGGGUCAGCCUGGGUCCCAGCAUCAAGGCGGCCAGGGGGAUGGGCGGCCCGCAGACAAGAGGCCGGACCGGAGACCGCCCCGUGAGCGGCGCUUCGACAAGCCGGCGGAGGACAAGCCGGAGGGAGGCGCCGACUUCCCCGCAGACAAGCCCUCUGGAGACAGGCCCCCGAGGGGCCGCGGCGGCGGCCGGGGAGGCCGAGGCGGACGAGGACGAGGCAUGGGCCGCGGCGAGGGCUUCGACUCGCGCGGGAAACGGGAUUUCGACAGACACAGCACCAGUGACAAAAGUUUAAAAGGCGAGGAGAAGCGCGGCGGCUCCGGCUCACACAACUGGGGCAACGUGAAGGAUGAAGUGAGUGAGGCUGAACCCACUGCUGCUCCUGAGACGGCCCCAGAGGGAGAGGAAAACGCACCCGCCGGUUCUGAGAACAAAGAGAACGAGGUGGAAGAGGUGAAACAGGAAGGCCCCAGAGAGAUGACGCUGGACGAGUGGAAGGCCAUGCAGGACAAGGAGCGCACCAAGGUGGAGUUUAACAUCCGCAAGCCCAACGAGGGAGCCGACAGCCAGUGGAAGAAAGGAUAUGUGCUGCACAAGUCCAAGAGCGAAGAUAGGCCUGUUGUUGCUCUGAUCGACGCGGCGGAAACGGAAGCAGAGGCUAAUGCUCUUUACCAAAAGUCUGUUUUUCACCAGCAGGGCGCUGUGGACGAGUCCUCCGAGCACCAUUUCCGCAAACCUGCCAACGACAUCACAUCUCAGCUGGAGAUCAACUUCGGAGACCUUGGCCGUCCUGGACGCGGGCGUGGCGGCGCUCGUGGAGGCAGGGGGGGCCGCGGCGGGGGAGGCAGCCGGACGGCACGCGGGGGAGGACGCUCUGAAAAGGCCGGUGGAGCGUCAGUCCCCAACGUGGAUGAUCCCGAGGCCUUCCCAGCCCUGGCCUGAAGACGCCGUGUCUCACCUCCAGCCCACCCAUCUGCCCUUCCGGGGGCCCCUCCUCUACGAGGCUUGCAUGCUUACCACAUCUUCAAGUAUAUAAGAAAAAAAAACAAAACAAAAACAAACUGAGAAAAAAAAAAAAGGCAAACCGUCAUCCCAUACCACUCACGACACCAGAGGACUCGAGUUUUAUCGGUUUUAACGAAGAAAAGACAAAAAACAGCCGGAAAAAGGACCUCUUGUUACACUGAAGUUUUGUAUUUAGAAACAUGAAAGCAGGGAUGUUUUCAUAUUUUAUUUUAUUUUUUGUUUCCUUCAGAGAUCGUGCGUUCUUCAUUAAUAUUUUUGUGCUGCUUGAAUUCCUGCAUCUCUGCAGUUUGGUUGAAGUGUUGUGUACCUCAACCACCCUCCCCCCCUCCCCCCAACUCCCCCCGCCCCUGAAGACUUCAGCACAGUAUUAGGUCAUCUGUAGAAAAGACUUUCUGCUGGAGUCCCCCCCCCCCCCCCCCCCCCCCCAGUAAUACACACCCAUGUGGUAGUGCUACACUACAUAAGAACCGUGUGCUAGAUGUGAAGUACUGCAUAGGUUGAAGUUGUGAUUAAUGGGCUCCCGACCAGCCAACGCUUUGCGAGGCGCAGACCCAGCGUGGGGAACCAGCAAAGUGACUCCAUACAAAAGCUUUGGUAUUUUUCUGCUUGUCGUGCAGUGAACGUCGACGCCUCUUUUUUUUUUUUUUCCCUCCUCUCCUUUUGAAUAGCGGACCAGCGGUUAGUAAUGUUUGUAUCCCCUGAUCCAGAUGUGCUACCUGCGCUUUCAGGGCCAAGUGUAUUUUAAGGCUGGUCCUCAUAGGUCAUACAGACUGUACCUUCAGGACCACUAAGCGAAUUAUUUUUGUUUUUUAAGUGACGUGUGUGUGUGUGUGUGAGUGUGUGUGUGUGUGUGUGUAGCUGAGCGUGAGACUGUUGUGACAGCUAGUUACUUAGAAGCUGCAGGAUUCCUCUGCUUUGAACUUGCUAUUCUCCUACAGAUAGCCGCAAGUUCUGGGCUGAAGUAGUGAUUGUUAAAAUGUAGCGGAUAGACGGACCAGGGACAUAUCCCGCUCCCACAGUACCUGUACUGUUUUUUUUUUUUUUUUCUUUUCAGAGCUCAAAGCACUUGGUUUUCAUCACCAACUGUCCUCUGAAGUUUGUUUUUUGCAGUUGGACAUCUUCUUUGUUUUUUUUCCGUUUUCUUCAUUAACCAGUGCAGACUCAUGGCUGCGUUAUUUAUGUUAAAGAAAUGUCAGCUGUUAUUGUGGAACAAUCAUCGGGCCACAGAAUGUAAUAUAAGCUAACGGUGCUUUCAGCCACCUGUGUCGGCGGCGACAGUGAGCUUUUUCUUUUAAUAAAGCCUGUAAACUUCAAAUUAGGUUUGAGGGCAGGGGGCUUGCAUUGGAAACAUGGGGGGGGGGGGGUAAAGCUUUACACGUCGUGCUCUGCAAAGGCUCGCUGGCGACGCGCGAUACAGACGGCUGGGGCAGAUUUCUCGUUGGACUGUUUGAGCCACAUGACUAUGAAACGUUCUCUAUAAACAUCCCUGUUCUAAUAAAGUGCUCUAGAGGUGUGA